ACGUUUGCACAGACAGUCUUCAAACAUUCAGGAGCGAGUUAGAUAUAUUGACAGUGUAACGUCAAACACAUAAUAUUUUACCCGUUCUUGUUUGUAAAUUUUACGUCCAAUUACAUACAAAAAAUAUUAUCAAAUGUUUACUGUGUAUAUCGACAACCACAUUUUUGAAGGGAAUAUAUUAUUUAGAUAGCAACAUUAUUGGACGAUCAAAUAUAUAGACACAACAACUCUUAAUAUGUCAUCAACAGAAAGACAAGCGGUGCUAGGCAGUUUUGUCAUAAGACUAUUUCCACAAGUCAUGCAAGGUAUAUUAAAAGAAUACAUUACUUCAAGAGGAUUGACAGAGAAAUAUAAACAGAAAGACAUACGUGCCGUUCUAACGGUUAGUGAAAUAGCAUUAAUGGACAAACUUCCAAAUAUGGUUGAUUUCACAAUCGAAUUAUGCUAUAAGAUAUUACGUUAUGAACAUUUAUUGCCUGAACCGAAGUGUAAGUGGGGAAAUGUUCCAAGCGAUGAAGACGUUGAAAUCAUCGAUGAUAUUCAACGAAUAUUAAAUGGAACGAAUGAAAUUAUCAGAAUGAAGUCCGACGAUAUUUCCGAAGACUACUAUGAAGAAGUUUGUACUACAACACAUGACGUACUAAAGAGGGUAGAUAAAUUCCUUAAUCUGAAUACCUGUGUAGAAUUGUACCACGCAAUUUGCCAAUCGAAAUUAAAUCCUACUGACAUAGUUUCAAAACUGAGGGAAGUCAAGCAGGUCAAUGUGACACACAAUGUUCAUGAAGUUGAUGAAAAUAAGGAACGUUAUUCAAGAAUUUCACUGGUUGUCAUUGAAAGUUUUCCAAAUAUGCUCAGAAAUGUAAUCCGAUCAAUUAAAACAGCAAGGGAAAUGUACAAUUUGUGCACACCUUUUCUUAGAUACUUUACGUCUGAUCAGCAAACUAAACUACAAGAGUUACAAUCAUCAAAUUCUUAUGAUUCGUUGGAUAUUUCCAUGAUAUACAGAUUGCUUAAACAAUUUUCGCUGAUAAGUCGUCCAACAAAGAACUGGGGAGAUGUUCCAGACGAAAAUGAUAUAACAUUAGCAGAUGACGUAGAACGUAUACGCUAUUUUAGAAACAAAAUAGCCCAUAUGUGCAGCACAAAUAUCGAGAAGGUUGAAUUCGAUAAUUACUUCAACCAGUUUCUUGAUAUUGGUCGUAGAAUGGAUAAAAUAACAAUAAGGAGAUUUGGUGAAAACUUCCAAAAUACAAACUUUGAAAGUGAGAUUAUUGGACAUAAGACGUGCAAUAUGGAUAUCCAAAUGCAGAUCAAAUACAAGAACGCAUUGAAGGAGCUUGAGAACAUAAAAUUGAGAUUCGAAAAAAAGCCAAUAAAAUUUUUCUGGGGAGAAAGCUUUCAAAGAAGUUUGAUGAAUCUAAGAUCACUUUUACAGGAAGAAAAGUUAGAAGGAAGAAAGAAAAUCCGUAUACAGAUAAUCUUUGAGAACCAAUCUGAUGGGGAGAAAAAUAAAAAUAUACUUAAUGCCCUUAAAGACGAGGUAAAUGAAGGUUUAAGUGGAAUAGAAUUCAUAUCGGCAACAAAAGGGAGUUUAAUUCUGAAUGUAGAUGUAUUGCUGGAAAUGAUGGCAACAGAUGAAUUUUUGCAAUCUACUAUUUCUUCAUUUGUUGAAAAGAUUUCGGAACUUAUUACACUCUCAACCACUGAAAGUAUCGAUAUUACUUUGUCACACACUGAAGAGUUUCCAACAUGGACUACAACAAUAGAGAGUGCAUACCCAAUUUACCUAGACUUUGAUAUUGAGGCUAACUUACUUAAAACCGAUGAUCAAUUGAAAGAACAGUUAAGCAAAAUAUCUGAAAACAUUUCGAAACAUGGCAAUGGAAGAACAACACACUCCGAUAUUUCUGCAACAGUCCUUCCUAUAAAUCUUGAAAAUAUAGUAACCAAAGAAGAAUCGUUUACUCAAGCUCAAACAGCAAUCGGAGACAACAUUCAUGUCUCUGCCACUUUGCGCAAACACGUAGACAUCAAAUCCAAAGAAAAUACAUCUCAGAACAUCAAAGACUGUAUAAAAAUAGGCAAUAUGUUACUGUUUACUGAAGAUUCUGAAAACCAACUCAUUAUUUAUAAUGCAGAUGGUACUUUGGAACGUACUUUUCAUCUGGAUUAUAAACCGUGGUAUUUAGCGGAGAUCAACAGAAACACUGUGGCAGUAUCGUGUCCAAGUGCUAAAACUGUAUUGAUAAUAAACAUAUAUACAGGCUCUGUCAGCGAUAAAAUUAAAUUAGAGAAAUACUGCUUUGGAAUAUCAUACAAUGAUUAUCUCUAUGUUGUUGUUGAAUUUGAAUCACUUUAUGUGAUGGACUUAGCUGGCGAAGUAAUACGUACCAUAGAUUUAGUCCAUAUCUGCCAUAUUACAGUGCACAAAAACAUGCUGGUUUAUAUAGACAAUACAUCAAUAAGCUGCUUAUCUUUAGACGGAAAGGUUAUUUGGAAGUUUGAAAAUGACAAAUACAAACGUUUACGUCGUGUGACAACAGAUGAUGAAGGAAAUGUAUAUGUUACUAAUGAAGAUACUAACGUUGUAUUAGUUGUAUCUAAAGAUGGACAACUGAAAAAAGAAAUUCUCACUGAGUCGGAUGGAAUGGACAUGCCAGCUGGAAUUCAUUUUGAUAAAAAAGAAAACAUUCUCAUGAUUUGUAGUGACCGAGAUGCUUGGCUUUUUGACGUCAUCAAGAACAAGAAAUAAACUUGUAAAUCUUAUUCUUUUUAUUUGUCGGAUUUAUUGCGUUUUAGUACAUAAAAAUGAAUUCAUCAUAAUUGAUUAAUAGACUUACCGUAGAUAAUAGGUAUCCCAUAAUUGCUUAUUUAGUUAUUUUAUAAGCAAUCACUCAUAUUAAUUUUAAUUUAUUUUCCAGUACUUUUUUUUAUUAAAAUAUCUUGGUGGUGUAACAAACAUCGCUUAUUAUUUACAA